AUGGAACCAGACAUUGUAGAAACAGCAAAAAACAAUUUCUCCACUGAUAGGUCAGUGUUCUUUUGCUCGCAAUAUGAAUUUUUUACUUGGGACUUAGAAAAUACUACCUUCCCUUGGAUCAUUGUGGGAAGCAUAAUACUUCUCUCUCCCGUUACAAUUCUUAUGAAUCUGUUAGUAAUCGUAACGGUUGCAAAACGGAGAGACCUGCAAAAAUUGUCCAAUAUUCUGCUCAGGAGCCUCGCCCUUGUAGAUCUUCUCGUUGGCGCUGUAUCGAUGCCGUUAUCUGCGACGGUGGACGUGCUAAUUCUCCGCCAGAUGCCCGUCGAAUAUAUUUGUGAUUUAGACUUGGCUAAUAUCACUGUUCUUUAUUUCCUUUCCAUAUUGUCUCUGUAUCAUUUGACUGUCAUUGCAUGGGAGAGAAACGUAGCGAUACGGAAAGGCCUUCAAUAUCGGGUACUCGUUUCAAAGAGCCUUCUCGUAAAACUCUCGAUAUUUGCUUGGCUGGUAGCCGUGUUUUCAGACCUUCCCGCUACUAUUCUGACAAUAACGGAAGAAGAUGUGGAGAUCAUCGACAUGUGGAUGACCAUCGAAUGUACUUUGAUGGUAAUUUGUGUGAUAAUCAUUGCCUGUUAUAACAUCUUGGUGUAUCUUGGAGUACGAAAGCGUAAGAAAAACCAGAUUGUACCACUCACAGCAAACCAGAAAAUGGAAUCGAAGACGGCCAAGACAUGUGGACUGCUCACGCUUGUUAUCUUUUCAUCCUUUCUUCCAAAACUGUUGAUCUCCAUUUUUUCAGAAAUAUUCCCGGCCCCACUACAGUCGAACUCAGCUUUCCGUCUGACAGAGACGCUAGUGCAAUUGAAUUCCUUGCUGACUCCCUUAAUUUACUGGUAUCGAGACCGCCGUUUUAGGAAUGCUGUUCUAGAGAUACUACGACUCAGGAAACCUCAACCCAUCCACCCGCCCGUUGCUGCGAGAAUUGCCUGUCGAGGUAACCCAGUUGGAACGGUAGCUGAGCGGCAUGAUUGAAGAACCUUCUACUCACUUGAAUUAGACAGUGGUCAUCUCUUUAUCGUUGAGGCUUCUUCUCGUGAAGAAAAACCGUCCGGCCAAUCUGAAAUUACGCAGAUCAAAAUUUGUGUAUGCUAUAAAUGAAAAAAGUCGACUUUCAGCUGCUUUUCUUUCAAAGUCGGAUUUUGAGAAAUGAUUGGGUCAGAUCUCUUUACAUAAGAGACUUUUUAUUCCACUAUCGGUUUCAGUAGAGUUCGUAGCUCAGUUGGUAGUCGCGUCUAACUGGUAUCUGAGAGGCAUGGGUUCGAACUCUGUCGAAUCACAAUUCUUUUCAAGCCUCAAUACCUACAACUUUCUCCAUUUCAGUUCAUCUGUCAGAAUCGUUCGUUAUUUAUUAGUUACAAAGUUAAUAAUGAGCGCAACAAGAUAUGUUUACUGUUUUGGUCAGUAAUCAUAAUUCAAUGUAGUUGAAAAAGACAUUCAUUUCACUGCGCGUCAAUGUUGAACAAAAACUCUAAGGCAAUAGUUCACGAAUCAAAUAAUGCGAUGCGAUUUACUUUGUUUUGUAAAAAAAGGCUGACGUGGAGGCACAUGCUAAACAAAUCUACAAGAAGUUUGCACUUUCAAAAAUUUCUCAUAAUUCAAAAUUGUAGACGAAAGAAUUCCUUUACGACAAAUGAAAUCUCAACAGCUGUUCAACUCUAGUGCCAAAAUUUUCGCUUCUCCUUGUAAAUGAGGGCCAUAAACUGUGUAUAUAUACAUGACCCUAUGAAACAAAACUGGUUCGCAAUAACUUUUAUUUUGAGCCGAUUCUUUUAGGUCUUUUCAUGGGCUGGCAAGUAAGAAAAAAUAUUUCUUUCAGUCUUAUGAACAUGAGAAAUUCAAAGUUUUGUGGAUUCACAACAACUAUGGACAAAUGUCAUUAUGUAACGCGCAAAGCAUUACAUAACAACAUUGAUUCAAGCCGGCUCUCACAGGAAUGUGUUGCGGCGAAGUACCCCAGUAAUGUAGGUAGAAUUGAAUUUAACCGAACUUUAAUGCCACAAUUUAGUUAAUUCAUUUCAGUGCGCGUCAACAAGAGGCUUGCACUUUCAAAAAUUAUUCAUAAAUCAAAAUUGUAGACGAAAGAAUUCCUUGACGAAAAAGGAAAUCUUAGCAGCUGUUCAACUCUAGUGACAAAAUUUUCGCUUCUCCUUGUAAAUGAGCACGAUGACUGUGUAUAUAUAUAACAUUAUGUAACAAAACUGGCUCGCAACAACUUUACUUCGAGCCAAUUCUUUUAAAUUUCUUUCAGUUUUAUGAACGUGAGAAAUUGAAAGUUUUGUGGAUUCACAAAAACUAUGGAAAAAAGCCAUUAUGUAAUGCCCAAAGUAUUACAUAACAACAUUGAUUCAAGCCGGCUUUCACAGGAAAAUUGUGCGGCAGAGUACCACAGUUAUGUAAGCAAAAUUGAAUUUUACCAAACUUUAAUGCCACAAUUUAGUUGAAUGACAGGCACCGCAAAAGUAACAUUGGGGCGAGAUUCUAAGCUUAGGGAACAAAAUUAUAUUGGUUUACUGGGAAAAAUGUUUCACUUUAGUUAGACGUUACAUGUACCGCGUGUGAAACUCAUAAAAUGGCUCAAAAUGCGAUGCAAACUAAAUUGCAUUUAAAAGAUUUAGCUGAAAAGAAGAAACUAUUAGGAUUCUCAUCCUGGAAGAUGCCGUCAUCGAGGCUAACUGUAGCCAAAAAUGUUUCCCUUUUUCAUAUAUCAGUCAAAGGAACACAUUGAAAGGUAAAUUAAUUUUUUUUCGCUGUUGACGGACUGUAAACUGUUUGGCCAAUAACUAUUCUAUGCGUUUUUCCCAAUCUAGAUUUGCCAAAUUUCUUAUAUCAAGCCAAAAUAUUGUUGAUUGUAUAUACCUACAUGGAAUAUCAGUAUGUAAGGAAGAUAAAUUGGAAGUAAAGUAAUUAAGACUUUGUAGAAGACAUGAUUUAUUGAGUAAAUUGACUGCAAUUACUGUUAUUGGAGCAGUUUAAAAUUCAGUGUUAAAAAACCGAAACCAAAGAAAUUCAAUGGCCAAUCAGAACGUGCGAAGUUUUACAUUAUCAUUAGUCAAUAAUCAUGAGAGCUGAGAGUGAAAAGAAUCAAACCGCUUGAAGCACGAGAAAAAAUUGUUGCGAUUGUUUUAGUUUUGCAUCUUAUUAGUUGAGAAAGUUGCACUAUUUUUUUUUUUUGAGCCAAUCACAUAACGAAAGUAAAGCAAAGCCAAAAUACUUUUGGAGUUCUCUCGAUACUCAAUUGGAAAUUGCUUUACUUCUGUCUUAGUUUAAUUGAAUUAACUCAAGUGCCCGAGCGAAUAUUGGUUUAAAAGGGCAUGGACAGGUGUUCUUCGGAAAUCGAGAUAUUUCACAGACGCAUCAACAGUAGUUCAUAUUGAUUUUAAAUUGUUGAGAGAACAUUGUUCAAUAUUGAGUGUCAAAAGUAAUCCGUGACUUUUUCGGUAUGGCCUAGUUCUCUGACUGGUCCAGAAACCUCGUACAAUCCUGUCCGUUGCAAAACCGAAAAAAAUUUGCCCUCGACACGCUGAGGCGAUUUCCCGCGCUUAUGGCAAUUUUCAUGUUUUUUACAUUGAACACCCAUUGAUUCUUAAAGAAAUUUACCUUUGAUUUGAUUGGCUAUAGAGUUAACCGUGGUUUUGGUUUUAUAACACUCAAUUGUUAGCUCCGCUGUGUACUGUAGUUUCACGUAGACAGUGGGACGAUCCAAGCAACAAUAUGGAAACCGAAAGUCGUCCGAGCAGAAACCGAACGUCGACGCGAACAUCUGGGUGAUUUACUUGUUAUAAUUGAUGUGCGAAUGAUUGUAUUAGCGAAGCGUAAUUUGAGACAGUCAUUUGUUGAACAGUUCGUCAGAGAAAUAUUGUUCUGUAAAAAUUAAUCCUAUAAAUAAAUUUAAUCCAAAUAGCCUCGUUUAUCGUGUUUUUUUCUCCUUUAUCUUUUUUUUAAUCUUAAUUAAAUGACAUCAUUGCACCACUAUAUUCUACCAGUACUGCAUGUCUAAUUUUCUGAACGAUUGGUAAUCCAUCAGCUGGAUCAGGUGACUUAUCAGACAAGAAAACCACUAGGAUCAGCAAUUUUGAAAACAUUCCGCGCGUGGAGAGAUUGUCAACUUUUAACUCCAAAAGUAUCUGACAACCACCCUCCACCCUUAACCCAGCCCUCCCCCUCCUUCCGCGAUAAACAAUGACCGGUACCUAAUUUUAUUUAAUUUUUUUAUUUUUAUUUUACUUUUCAAUAACUAAUGAAAUUCUUACCUUUUAUAUUUAUAUCGUUUCUGACCAUAAGAGAUAUCUUAGCUUCAUUCGUUAAGAUACCAGUUGUUAUCUUAAUCGCUGUAGCACUUGACGCCAUUACACUUGGCAUUAUCCAUAUAUGCCAGUUGACAACGUUUACUGGCGCAACAUAACGACAUGCAUUCCUGCAUGUCUAUGACUGCACCGAGAAACGUGAAAUUCCCAGCGUGCAGCUGACCUUCCAGGAAAGCAUUUUGUUAGGCUUUUCUACAUACGGGGUUUUUAUUUAUGGGUAGAGGAGGACCAAAACGUGCAGCUUAUAUGAGGAAAAAAAUGAACCAGUUUUACUUGAAUCAUGUAACUUUUUCUCAUGAAGAGAACCAACCACUUGCAUCAUGUUAGCUCAUGUUGUAGAUAUUUUAAAUUCCUAUUAGUUUCUUGGUUGUACAAGAUUUAGAGCAAGGUAUCUGUUGACGUUUUUGAUUUGGAAAAUGAAGUGUAGUAACAUUUAAAAAGUUACAGCACCAAGAGCGAAAGAAAUGCAUGUUAACAAAUAGCAUUGGCAUGACAAGUAAGGUCUGGUCACCUUUCAUUGACAUAUCAGGGUCUUUGCCUCCCCUGCACAAUUUCCGCGCGGCCAAGACCCAAAAACCGUUUUUUCACCGAUAGAAGACCCCUUAAACGACGUUUCUAGAAAAAAAUUUCUGCACCAGGAGUUGCAUAUUGUCAUCGUUGAUUAAUAUUUUAGGAUCUAGUCCCCCUGGCUUAGUUUUUUCCACGAGAGGGGCACCCCUUAAGCGACGUUUUCAAAAUAAUUCAUUGGCAGCAGAAGCUAGCCCUGGUAAGAGUCCAUUGACGUGUCAGGUCUUCGCCCCCUCGGCCCAAUUUCCGCGCGGCCAAGGCCAAAAAACUUUUUUUUUUCCCCCGGGAGGAGACUUUUUCAAGGACGUUUUCAAAAAAAAUUUAUUGGCAUCAGGACCUGGUUACUCUUCACUGGGCCAAGGCCCAAAAACCGUUUUUUUCUCCGGAGGAGACGUUUUUACAAAAAUUUGUUGGCACGGACGAUACAAUGUCACCGAUAAAUACUAAUCUAAUGAAGAGAACAGUUUAGCAGCAACUCGUGUGCAAAGAUGUGUUCCUCAUUUAUACUCCCAACUUAUACUUUCUUCUUGGCUCUUCCAUAUUCUAAAAUUUAUCAUUUUACUAAUGCCGCUUUAAUUAUCCUCUUCAAAUUACCGUUUUGUCCUUUUCAAAAUAUUUUAAUCGAUCAUAGUCGGUGUUUUCUUAUCAAUUUAAUCUAUUCUACGCCCCAGUUGGCUUGAAUUUACUACGCCACUUAGCUUUAAUUAUCGUUUGCCCACAUUUAUUUGAAUUGCAAUAUUCCGUGUUUACUCUUUUUCAACAUUCUCAUGUUUUGAUGUUUUGGCAGAUUUUGCGUACCUUCAAAGAGGAAAAAAAGCAGCUUCUUCAUUGGUGUUUGGCCGAAAUAGUCAAUUCCAAGAGCUUUUAGCCUAGUGUUCUUUCGUUUGUUCCGGUUAAUAAUUAUCUACCAAACUGAAAUAGAUCACACGCGUAUGUUUCUUCUGAGAGAAAAAGUCAUCUCAACAGAUGUUCCAAUAACAGGCGGUUUAGCAAAUAAAGAUUGCUGCGUUGAUAAGAAUAAAACCAAAAAUUACCCGAAGCUUUGUCUGGGUUAUCCCUAAUCAGUCACCAUAGAUACAUACAAGCAUUCUUGUGGAACUAAAAGAUGGACAAACUAUCAACAAAAUCUGAUGUUAAACUCUGUGGAAAACUCGCUAUAAAAAGCAUAUAUUUUUCUUUUGUGGUUUCAUGAUUAGUCAUUUCUAGACAUUUUGAUUCGAGCGUUUUCUGUGUGUUCGGUGAAUAAUUGCAUUCAUGCACACAUUUUUUUUUAAUUUGAAUAAAGGUUCGGAUGUGAAAAGCAUUUAAAUUACAAAGAACCUCAUUUUGUGUUCGACUCGCAUUCAAAACAGCAUGCUAUUAAGAGAGUGCUUGGAGUUCAUGUUUUUUUUUUUUACCUGACCGUUAAUCCCAGCAGAAGACCGCAAAUGAUCCCGUUUAAAAAAGGAGAGGAAUGGCAUUCAAACGGCUCAUUUUUAAAAAGGCUUACGCUGAAUGCUAAAUUAAAGAAUAAAGAACCAGAAAAAAAGGAAGAGUAAAAAAUUUUACUAAAAUUAAACGUGUAUGUUGUGACAUAGUGGCACUUUGGAUAAAACUAGUAAACUUACGUAAGGAAAGGAUUAACUGAAAGCCGAAACCUGUACAGGUGACUCAAGAUUGCCGCAUUUAAUAGGAUCUUUACGAGGCUUACUCUGAUAUCUUCAAGGCUUUUUCACUAAUCGAUCAUCACGCAAACACACCACAAGCGUAAAAUUAAACUAGCGUGCGCCUUAAUCGGUGAAAACGACAGAGAACCUAUCGCCAAAAUCUGAUUUCCGCUGAAUUCCGUGCAAACCCUCGCGACAUAAAAUAAUGCAUUUUUUGUUCUUUCAUAAAGUUUUUCAAUUUAUAGCUCUAAUGAGUGUUGAGUUUAACGGGAUCAUUAGUGGUUUUAAAAUCUUUGUACUGCACAUACGUACCUUUCGUGUAAAAAAAGUCGUCCCCACAGAUGGGCCAGUACAGGAACCUGCACAGGUAACCCAAGAUUACCGCAUUUUAGAGAAUCUUUACGAGGCUUGCUCUGAUAUCUUCAGGGCUUUUUCACUACUCGAUCAUGACGCAAAGACACUACAAGCGUAAAAUUAUUCAAGCGUUCGCCUAAAUUAAUGAAAGCGACAGAGAACUCAUUGCCAAAAUCUAAUAUUCUUAGAAUUCCGUACAAACCCUCGCGAUAUAAAAUAAUACAGGUAUUGUUCUUUCGUAAAGUUUGUCAGUUGAUAGCUUUAACGAGUGUUGAGCUUGACGGGAUCAUUAGUGGUUUUUCGUGUGAAAAAAGUCGUCCCCACAGACAGGCCAACACAGGCGGUUAAGGAAACCUGCACAGGUAACCCAAAUUGCCGUAUUUAAGAGAAUCUUUACGAAGCUAACUCUAAUAUCUUUAGGGUUUUUUUAACUAAUCAAUCAUCACGCAAAGACACUAUAAGCGUAAAAUUAAACUAGCACGAGCCUUAAUUGGCGAAAACGACAGAGAACCCAUCGCUAAAAUCUAAUUUCAGUAUUCCGGGCAAACCCUCGCGACAUAAAUAAUGCUUGCAUUGUUCUCUCGUAAAGUUUGUCAAUUGAAAGCUUUAAUGAGUGUUGAGUUUAACGGGAUCAUUAGCGGUUUUAAAAUCUUUGUACUGCAUAUACGUAUCUUUCGUUUGAAAAAUGUCGUACAGGUAACCCAAGGUUGCCGCAUUUUAGAGAAUCUUUACGAGGCUUGCUCUGAUACCUUCAUGGCUUUUUCACUAAUCGAUCAUCACGCAAAGACACUACUAGCGUAAAAUCAAACCAGCGUGCGCCUUAAUUAUUGAAAACGACAGAGAACCCAUCGCCAAAAUCUAAUUUCCGUUGACAUAAAACAUUUCUCGCGACAUAAAAUGAUACAUGUAUUGUUCUUUCGUAAAGUUUGUCGGUUGAUAGCUUUAAUGAAUGUUUAGUUUAACGGGAUCAUUGGCGGUUUUGAAAUCUUUGCACUGCACAUACUUAUCUUUCGUGGGAAAAAAGUCGCCCCCACAGAAUGGCCAACACAGGCGGUUAAAGAAACCUGUACAAGUGACCCAAGAUUGCCGUAUUUAAUAGAAUCCUUACGAGGCUUGCUCUAAUAUCUUCAGGGGCUUGUAACUAAUCGAUCAUCAUGUAAAGACCCUACAAGUGUGAAAUCAAACUACCACGCGCCUAAAUUGGUGAAAACGAUAGAGAACCCAUCGCCAAAAUCCCAUUUCUGUUGAAUUCCGUGCAAAUCCUCGCGAUGUAAAAUAAUGCAUGUAUUGUUCUUUUGUAGUGCGCAAAAAUAUCUUCCAUCUGUUUUGUAUCUAUAGUGUUUUCUGUAUAAUGCAAUAAGUUCAUCAAUUUCAUCUUAUAUUUGAGAUUAAAAUGCGAAAAAAACUGGCAGAAAGAGUUAUUGGGGCGGCGAAGGGAAGCCAAAAAAAAUUAGGUAUAUAAUAAAACAGUGGACAGCGGUGAAGGCGCGCUCUGAUUGGCUACUCAAACUCUCAAUAUCCUUUAUUAUUCAUCAAUAGCCACCUCCUUUACAGUAAAUAGUUAUUAAGUAUCAACGGUAGUUUUUCAGAAACUUACCCCUUUUAUUCAUCACUGUAUUUUUUUUGUUAGUCCACUAUCCGGCUGUUUCUAUUGAUUGACAGCACCCAACUCAAGAACGAUGGUGUUUAUUACUUGUAAUCAUGGCACUCAUAUAUUUAUCUUCCGUGUGAGAAAUAUUAUUCUACACAGAUGGGGCGAUAACAAGCGGCCUAAGAAACAAGCGUAGGUGACCAAAAGAUUGCCGUAUUUAUGACGAUCUUCCCUUGGCUUGCUGUGAUUUCUCGGAAGCUUCUCACUGAUCGAUCAUCGAAGACCUGAUAAGCGUAAAAGUCACCAAACAAGCCUCAAAAUGGAACCAGACACUGGAGAAACAGCAAACAACAAUUUCUCCACUGAUAGGUCAGUGUUCUUUUGCUCGCAAUAUGAAUUUUUUACUUGGGACUUAGAAAAUACUACCUUCCCUUGGAUCAUUGUGGGAAGCAUAAUACUUCUCUCUCCCGUUACAAUUCUUAUGAAUCUGUUAGUAAUCGUAACGAUUGCAAAACGGAGAGACCUGCAAAAAUUGUCAAAUAUUCUGCUCAGGAGCCUCGCCCUUGUAGAUCUUCUCGUUGGCGCUGUAUCGAUGCCGUUAUCUGCGACGGUGGACGUGCUAAUUCUCCGCCAGAUGCCCGUCGAAUAUAUUUGUGAUUUAGACUUGGCUAAUAUCACUGUUCUUUAUUUCCUUUCCGUGUUGUCUCUGUAUCAUUUGACUGCCAUUGCAUGGGAGAGAAACGUAGCGAUACGGAAAGGCCUUCAAUAUCGGGUACUCGUUUCAAAGAACCUUCUCGUAAAACUCUCGAUAUUUGCUUGGCUGGUAGCCGCGUUUACAGACCUUCCCGCUACUAUUCUGACAGUAACGGAGGUAGGUACGGAGAUCACCGACAUGUGGAUGACCAUCGAAUGUACUUUGAUGGUAAUUUGUGUGAUGAUCAUUGCCUGCUAUAACAUCUUGGUGUAUCUUGGAGUACGAAAGCGUAAGAAAAACCAGAUUGUACCACUCACUGCAAACCAGAAAAUGGAAUCGAAGACGGCCAAGAUAUGUGGACUGCUCACGCUUGUUAUCUUUUCAUCCUUCCUUCCAAAACUGUUGAUCUCCAUUUUUUCAGAAAUAUUCCCGGCCCCACUACAGUCGAACUCAGCUUUCCGUCUGACAGAAACGCUAGUGCAAUUGAAUUCCUUGCUGACUCCCUUAAUUUACUGGUAUCGAGACCGCCGUUUUAGGAAUGCUGUUCUAGAGAUACUACGACUCAGGAAACCUCAACCCAUCCACCCGUCCGUUGCUGCGAGAAUUGCCUGUCGAGGUAGCCCAGUUGGAACGGUAGCUGAGCGGCAUGAUUGA